UCCACAGUAAAGUUUUAUACGAUCGUUUAUUUCUUGGGAGAUGGUACACGACCCCAUUUUUAAUUUUAUUUAUUUACAACACCGGAAACGAGAAUUCAAAUCCGUUUUAAACGAUGGCUUUUUUUCCGGCGGUUUCUGUCGCAAGAUGUCGUCGUUUGUCAUAAAUUGUUCUGUCGCAAGAUGUCUCAUGACACCGAUCAAAAUGUCUCGUUUCUCUAAUGAGAUGGCAGCCAAAUUUUUUUUUUCGUUCUCUAAUAUCAAAAGUAUGUAUAAAUUAUAUAUAUAUAUAUAUAUUUAAACACAUAACCCUAUCUUGUACAUACGAUGGCUAAAAGAAAGAAUAGCUCUAAGGAGAUAGAGAAAAGGAAAAAGUUGAAACAAGAAGAACAAGAUAAAUUGUUGUCGACUGGGUUAUUCAAUCAAAAACAACAAAUUGAUCAAGAUAAUGAUGAAGAUGAUGAAGAAGAACAAGAACAAGAACAAGUAAAUGAUAAUGAUUGGGAGAAUGAAGAACAAGAUUACGAAUUAACUCCAAGAAAUGUACCUAAGACUGUGGUAGAGGGUUUACCUAUUAAGACCAGUGAUGGUAAGAUUGAAAGAGUAGUGAGAGAAAUAGUCAAAGAAGAAGAACCUCUAGAAGAAGAGCCAGUAGAGGAACCACCAAUAGAAGAAGAACCAGUGGAAGAAGAAGAUGAAGACUCUCAUUUAUCUCCAUUAGAAAGAUUAAACAAAAUCAAAGAAGAAAUCGCUGAACUUGCAUCUAAAUUAAUGGAAGAUCCUGAAGAAAAUAUAUCAUGUUUAACCAGAUUAAGAAAAAUGUCAGAAUCUAAAAAUAUCAUAACUUGUCAAUUAUCAAUCAUGGCUCUUAUACCAGUAUUCAAAUCAUUAGCUCCAUCAUAUAGAAUAAGACCUUUAACUGAUACUGAAAAAAGAGAAAAAGUUGGUAGAGAUAUCAUCAGAUUAAGAAAUUUCGAACAAGGUUUAUUAUCAAAUUAUAUUCAAUAUAUUACUCAUUUAUCAAAUUUAGCUAGAACAAGUUAUUCAAAUUCAAUCAAUAAUUCAAAAACCACAUCUCAUCAAGUUAAAUUAGGUUCUAUAGCUACUAAAGCUGCUUGUGAAUUAUGUUUAUCAUCAUUAAGAUAUUUUAAUAAUCGAGCUGAAUUAUUUGCCAUUAUUAUUAAACGAUUAAAUAGAAAACCAAGUCAUGAAGAUGAUUUAAAAAUCUUUACUAAAUGUUUAAGAGUUUUGGAAACUUUAUUAAAAGAUGAUGAAGAAAAUGGUGAUAUUUCAUUUGAUAUUACAAGAAUCUUAAUUAAAUCUAUCAAAGAUAAGAAAUUUAGAAUUGAUGAAUCAGUAUUAAAUAUCUUUCUUUCUCUUAAGAUUUUAGAAGAUUUUAAUCCCUUUGAUACAAAUGAUAGACCUCAAAAACCAAAAUUAAAGAAGAAAGAUAGAGUUCAUAUUUCAAAAAAGGAAAGAAAAGCUAGAAAGGAACGUAAAGAAAUUGAAGAAGAAUUACAAAAGGCUCAACAUGCUAUAACAGUUGAAGAACGUGAAAAAUUCCAAGCUCAAAUUUUAAAGAGUUUAUUGACUCUUUAUCUUGAAAUUUUAAAAUCAGGUUCAUCAUCCACUCCAAAUGAUGCUACUUUAUUAACGGCUUCAGUAUUAGAAGGGUUAUCAAGAUUUGGUCAAAUGGCUAAUUUCGAUUUAUUAGGGGAUUUCUUAGAAGUAUUACGUGAAAUCAUGAAUGAUAUAAUCGAAGAUCAUAAUGAAGAAGGAGGUCAAUAUGAUGGUAAACAAUUACGUACCAUCUUAUUAUGUAUCGUAACUUCUUUCUCAUUAGUAUUAAAUCAUCAAUCAAAUGGAAGAUUACCUAUGGCUAUUGAUUUAUCUAAAUUCGUAUCUAAUUUAUACCUUAUCCUUGCUGAUUUAUCCCUUGAUUGUGAUUUGGAAUUCAGUCAUAAAUCUUUACGUUUAUUAGAUCCAUUAAGUAUAAGUGAACAACAAGAAAAACCAUCCGUCAAUGUAUCCACCAAAUCAGAAUUACUCUUAAGAUGUCUUGAUUUUAUAUUCUUCAGAUCGAAAAAUGGAUCCCCAUUCAGAGCUAAUUCAUUCAUAAAGAGACUUUAUAUGUUAUUAUUACAAUCACCUGAAAAAACCAGUAUGGCAAGUUUGAAAUUCGUCGGGAAAUUAUUAAGUCGUUAUGAUGAAAGUUUGAAAUAUUUAUGGAAUACAGAUGAAAUCAUCCUGGAAGGAACUUAUAUCCUUGGUAUCGAACAACAAGAUUUAGAAGUUGAAUUAGAAAGAUGUAAUUCAGGUGCAGCCACCCUUUGGGAAAAUGUCUUGCUUGAUAAGCAUUAUUGUCCUGUCAUAAGAGAUGGGUCAAGAUCAUUAUUAAAGAAUAGUAAACCAAAUGAUAAACGUUAAGUAGGUUUUGUAUAGCAUAGAAUUAUAUUUAUUACACACUUUUAAUUUUUGUAUGUUAUGUUUGUUGUAUUUGGUAGCGUAACAUCACU